CCUCCUUCCUCCAUGCUGGAUCGGGACCGCCGGGGCUGAAAGAAGCCAUUCCCAUGUGGAUGCAGGAUGGACCGUCGCUGGAGGAUGGAUCAACUGCUUCUUUACAUCAAUGCAGCCCUCCUGGUGUAUUUCAACUGUGCCAGCUUGAGCCUGGUGGAUGCAGACAGCCCUUCUGCUCCAGUCAACGUCACAGUCAAGCUUCUGAAGGCCAACUCAGCCGUGGUGACCUGGGAUGUUCUGGAAGAGGAAGUGGUCAUUGGAUUUGCUAUCUCCCAGCAGAAGAAGGACGUGCGCAUGUUGCGCUUCAUCCAGGAGGUGAACACCACCACCCAUUCGUGUUCCCUGUGGGACCUGGAGGAGGAUACCGAAUACAUUGUGCACGUGCAGUCCAUCAGUAUCCAAGGCCAGAGUCCGGCCAGCGAACCUGUCCACUUCAAGACCCCCCGGGAAGCGGAGAAACUGGCUUCCAAAAACAAAGAUGAGGUGACCAUGAAGGAGAUGGGGGAGAAAAAUCAGCAGCUGCGAGCAGGGGAGAUUCUCAUCAUUGUGGUGGUCUUGUUCAUGUGGGCAGGGGUGAUUGCCCUGUUUUGCAGGCAGUAUGACAUCAUCAAAGACAACGAGCCAAAUAAUAACAAGGAGAAAGCCAAAAACACGUCCGAAAACAGCACACCUGAGCACCAGAGUGGGGGGCUCCUGCGCAGCAAGUUUCCAAAAAACAAGCCCUCAGUGAACAUCAUUGAAGCAUGACAGACUGAUGGACGGACUCUGUUUCUCUUCCUCCCUCCAAGAUUUGGUGACUGGGGAAGUUAUAUUGUCGUAUUGUUGGAAAGAGACCUGCCCAGCUGCCGGCUGCGGGUAGCAUCCACUCCAUCUCGGUUCCACCAGAAAAAGCCAACAAGCCCAACAUAACGCGGAGAAACUCUGCAAGGACCAAUGAGGCAUACACUGUAAAGGGAGAAAGGAACAUUUCCAUGGAAGAUGCCCAAGUGGCAAUUUGGAGAAGUUCCCCCAGGGUGGGCUGCCCACCAACCAAUGUUCACCUGUUGGCAUGGCUAGUAGGGGUGUAGUCCUUCACCGUGACCUUCUCUGUCUUGCUCUCCCGCCACAUUUGUCUCUUGGGAAAUGUUCCGUCUCAUUGCCGAUGUGCUUGCCACGUGCCACCACUC